AUGAGUGCAGAAAGAGAACCUCUCCUACAGGAUGAGCAUGAAGGCCUUGGUGGUGGCAGUGAUCACCAAGAAAGCCUCCGUCCUUCCUCCCGUCGAAAUAACGGUAUUCACAACGGAAAAUUCACUCUUUUGGAAAAGGUCUUGUUCGCCUUGGCCAUCACAUUUUUCAUCUCUCUAUGUGUUGUAGCAGGGCUCUAUACAAGACGUGUCUAUGAAGAGAAGCCUAAAAACCCUCCACCCACUGUACCUGCACCUCCUGGAAGUAACAAUACAGCACCUAUUUGCAUUACACCUGAUUGUGUCUUGACAGCAGCUCAAAUCUUAAAGGAUGUCGACUUGACAGCUGACCCUUGCAACGAUUUUUAUCAAUACACCUGUAGCAAUUGGGAAAAGAAUCACGAGAUUCCUGAGGGCAAGUCAUCCAUCAAUUCGUUUGUAUCUCUCGUCAAUCAAAACAAGGACGCUCUCCGCAUCAUCUUUUCUGGUUCCUUUGAUGACUUUUAUGAUCGCACGCACUCACCCGCUUCACAGUUGCCUGAUCCCGAGAAAGUGAUUGACAAGCAAAACUUUGAGAAAGUAAAGUCGCUGUAUGACUCUUGCAUGAAUGAGGCUCUGAUCGACGACCGUGGUGCUGAACCUAUCUACCCACUGUUGAAAGAAAUCCGCGACAUGUACCCUGCUUCGUCCAAGGGCUCUUCUGAAACUCGUCGCUUGACUCAAACACUAUCCUUCUUGGCAAAGAGAGACAUUGGUGCGUUAUUCGAGAUCAUUGUCGAUGCUGAUCCCAAAGAUCCCAGUGUGAACUCCUUGCAAUUGUACCAGUCUGGCUUGACUUUACCCAACAAAGUCUACUACACUCAAGAUGAAUCUGUCAAGGCUCUUUACGAAACCAUCGCUGAUACGCUGACCAUCAUCUACGAAAGCAAAUCCAGCCUUGCCACCGAACUGUUCGCUGGAUACGAUGCCAACGCCACUGCUCGCUUGAUUGUGGAUUUCGAAAAGAGACUGGCAUCCAUCAGUCAGUUGCCUGAAGAGUUCCAAGAUCCCGAGGCUACUUACAACCCCAUGUCUCUCUCAGAGUUGGCUAAAAUUGCCCCUAAUGUUGAUUGGGGACUCUACGUUAGCCAUCUUUUACCCCCUAAUGCUCCUCAUCCUGGCAAGCUUGUUGUAACUUCACCUGCCUUUAUCGGCAAUGUUUCUACGCAACUACUUCAAGAAGAGACUACUCGCACUUUGCAAGCCUAUUUCACUUGGAAGGUCAUCUUUGCCUAUGCUGAUGCUCUUGGCGAGGAAAUCCGCGCCCCUAUUCACCGCUUAACAUCCAAAUUGAUUGGCACUAACCCCAAAUCCAUCAAACCUCGCUGGGAUACUUGUUUGGAUGAAGUCAAUGGCGCUAUUGGUUUCUUGGCUGGACGUUACUAUGUGAUUGACAAGUUUGGCGGUGAGGCAAAGGAACGUGCUGAUGACUUUAUUAAUAGCAUCAAGGAAGUGUUCUUGAAGCGAUUGCCUGAAUUAGAAUGGCUCGAUGGUGCUACACGUGAAAAAGCUGUGGAGAAGGUUGAAAAGUUGAUUCGUAAGGUUGGAUAUCCUGACAGCUCUCCCGAUAUCAUGUCGCCUGUGUCUUUGUCCAACUUUUACAGUGAACUGAAUUUGGCAAGCGAUGACUAUUUUGGUAACUAUGUCAAUGCUCGCAAGUUUGCCGUCUUGGACGGAUGGCGUCAAGUCGGCAAGACACCUGACAGAUCCAAAUGGUUGAUGAACCCUCAAGAGGUCAAUGCGUACUACAACCCAUCGUUCAAUGAGAUCGUCUUCCCCGCUGGUAUUCUUCAAAACCCCUUCUUUGGAAGCAACUACCCAGACUAUCUGAACUAUGGUGGCAUUGGUGUUGUUGUUGGGCAUGAGUUGACUCACGGCUUUGAUAGUAUGGGCAGACACUUUGAUGCCGAGGGCCGUCUUGUCCAAUGGUGGACAAACGAAACAGCUGCUCAAUUUGAUGCAAAGGCGGAUUGUUUUGUCAAGCAAUACAGCAAUUUCACCAUGAUCGAUGAGAAAGGAGAAGCCAUUCAUGUCAAUGGCAAAUUCACACUGGGAGAGAAUUUGGCUGACAAUGGUGGGUUGGGAGAAUCCUACAUUGCCUGGAAGCAAAGAUAUGACAGCGAUAAGGAGAACAAGCGUUACAACAAUGUCAGAUUACCUGGUUUAGAUGGCUUGUCUCCUGAGCAAUUGUUCUUUGUCAACUUUGGUCGUAUUUGGUGCAAUAAGGUGACACCUGCUCAAGCCAAGAAGGGCGUUCUUACGGAUGAGCAUUCGCCUGCCAAGUGGCGUGUCAACGGCGCAGUUCAGAACUCCAAAUACUUUGCAGAGGUUUUCCAAUGUCCAUCAGGAAGUCCAAUGAACCCUGUUGCCAAAUGUGAAUUAUGGUAA